UGUCGCCCCAAACGUCUUUUUGCUCGCCAGACGCGACGAACUCGAGGAGUGGCAGCCGGCGAACCCUGGGACUCGUUAGCUUGAGCGCCUUCUAUCAACGAUGAAUACAUGCAUCGACAACUUACUCAUAGGUGUGAUCAACAUCAUCGUGAAAUUGCUGGCUCAAAUGUUGAAGCCGAUUUCCCAGUGCAGCAACGUCGCGAGCGGGCCACAUGUCACGAAAGCUGGAUCCAGGCUGAGAUUUAUGGCCUGGGCUGAUGGCUCUAUCAAGAUGCAACACAAGGUCCUGUCCAACUUUGCAACAGGCUCCCGGCACGGUAGUCAGAGGAUGAGGCACAUCAGGAGCGGCAACAGGCUGAACACUUGCGAGCGCCUGGACAGAAUCUCUCAGCCGAGCAUGAUGAGCGCUCAAGACUUCACCCGGCAAGACAGCACUGCUUUCAGCACCGGAAGUGUCACCAUCGUGAUAGACAGCGAGCACAUCGCGGUAGAGCGCAACGGCACCCUGCAAGAACUCGCGCACGGCAGCCACAGCGUCCGGAUCACGCACACGGGAAGAGGACACUGCCGCCAUUUUAUAGCAUGUAAUGGUUGCAGCGUCUAUGGAAUUAUUCUAUCUAGCGAGGAGCUCAACUAUAUAAGCUGCAUGUAGUAUUUACAGCACGAACAGAAGAAAAUCUUUGGAUACGAGAUUUAAAAGGAGAAGAGAAGAGAAGGAGUGGAAGGAUCGCGGAGUUGAGGGGCAUCCCCGCUUCGUGCAUAGGAUCAGCCGACGUGCGGGCAUUAGCCUCGGAGAUGAAGCUGGUUUGAUGCAUAAUAUGAGACAACGGCGCAUUAUUGGUCGGGCGAGGAGCAGCCGCCGAGGCAGGUACAAGCACGUGUAACUUGGCGAUGGCUUCAUGUGUAUACAGAGAAUGGGCAAAAUCAAUAUGGGUCAUUCAUGACAAUCAAGAAUCAAAUUCAUUCCAUUUCGCAUAAAGCAUGCAGACAUGUAAAUAACACUCAAUCAUCACGCCAUCGAGCUACACUGAGAGUGACAGCUUGGGCAUCAACACCAUCAACACCAUGCCUCCUCUCAUCUCCCUCUCAUCCAGCCUCCUCGCAACCCUCACUCUCACUCUCACAGUCAACGCCAUCCUCUCCUCUCCCCCCCUCAUAGUCAACACCUGGUCCGGCCCCUUCACCUCCGCCACCGACGCCGCCUUCCUCUCCCUCGCCAACUCCUCCAACGCCCUCGACGCCGUCCAGGCCGGCUGCCAGGCAUGCCAAAACAACCAAUGCGACCACACCGUCGGCUUCGGCGGCUCCCCCGACGAGUCCUGCGAGACGACGCUCGACGCCCUCAUCAUGGACGGCGAGACGCUGAAUGCCGGGGCAGUGGCCAACUUGCGCCGCGUCAAGGAUGCUGUCGGGGUGGCGAGGCAUGUGCUUAAUUACACGCAGCACACGCUGCUGGCUGGCGAACAAGCAACGCAGUUUGCUGUCGAGAAUGGCUUUGAAGAGGAGAGUCUGGCAACACAAGAUUCGCUCAAGACGUGCUAUGGAUGGCGCAAGGGCCACUGCCAGCCAAACUACAGAGUCAACGUCCAGCCAGACCCUUUGUCCUCUUGCGGGCCGUACUCGCCACUAUCACUCUCCAGUAUCUCAACAACCUCAUCAUCAAACUCACAAGCUCGCUCUCACUCUCACUCCAACUCUCACGCUCACUCUCACGCUCAAAACUCCUCCCACGACACCCUCUCCCUCAUCGCCCUCCACGCCUCCUCCAUGGCCGCCUGCACAACCACAAACGGCGCCUCCCACAAAAUCCCCGGCCGCGUCGGCGACGGCCCCAUCCCCGGCAGCGGCUCCUACGUCGACUCCACCGUCGGCGGCUGCGGCGCCACCGGCGACGGCGACGUCAUGAUGCGCUUCCUCCCCUGCUACCAGGCCGUGGAGAGCCUGCGGCGCGGAUAUAGUCCCCAGGAAGCCGCCGAGGAUGCCGUGAGGAGGAUCCUGGCAAAGUAUCCGGAUGCGAAGACGGGGAUUGUGGUGGUGGAUAAAGGGGGGGAGCAUGCGGCUGCGGCGAGUGGGUGGCAGUUUUCGUAUUCUUAUAGGGGUGGGGGGAUGGAGAGGACGGAGGUGGUGAUGGUGAGGCCAUUGAAGGUGGAUGAGCUGGACAGAGGAGAGCUGUGAUGUAUCAUGGUGUUGACUAUAUGUUGGAAGAUGAUAAAGUUGCAUUCACAUUCAUGGAGUCAGAGAUUGAAGAUGAUAAAGUUGCAUUCACAUCCAUAGACUUAGACAGUUUCUGAGAUUUAAAAGAAGUAGUCAUUUGCAUGACAAUCGUUUUGCUAUGCCAGCCUCAAGUAGCCAUAUAUAUACGCAAAGAAAACAAGAGUGUACUAGAUGCUCCUCGGCCGCAUACCCAAACAGGCCAUUCAUUCUCUGGCGGCCAUAUUUUUUCUAUAAUUGAUUCGAGAUGAAAAAAAAAAAUGAAACAAAGCCCAAACACCAAAAAACUCCCAAACGUCCGAAAAAAAGAAAGAAAAAAAAAGAAAUUUGAUAGUAAGCAUGGCCAGUAUGAAAUGGCUCCUCCUCGUGCAAAACAUGUUAUCCCCCUGUCGGAGAAUUAUAAUCUGUUGUUGAAAAUGUCUCUUCUUAAAAUCCAUAUAUGCGUGUUUCCCCCCAAAAAAUGCACUGAUUGCUCGCUUGCUCAUUUUGAACUCAAUUCUCAGCUCAACCAAAUAUCAUCCAAACAUAAAAAAAAAAAAAAAAAAGCAACAAAAUCCCAAAAUAAUCAGUCGUCAGUCCCCAGAGCAAUUUAGGUAGCAAUGCUCUGUCUGUGCCCCUUGCUCUUAAACAAGGCCUUGAGCAUAUUGUUAUUCUUCUUCAUAUUCGCCUUGACAGUCAUCUCCUCAUUCUUGACGCUGCCCUUGACGCUGCCCUCGUCCUUCUUCUUGCCAGAGAGAGACCGCUUAAACAGACUCAAAGAGCCGCCAGAGGCGUUGGAAUCAUCGCUCUUUCUUCUGCCGCUGCUGCUCUUCUUGUCCGACGAAUCCUUGGACUUGUGCGACGACGACUUGGGCGACGAAGACGAAUGUGAAGACGAGUGCGUCUUGGACCUGUGCUGCGUCUUGGAGCUCUUCCUCGACUUUGAGCCAAAGUAGUCGUCCGGAACGCCAGAAGCCCGUCGCUCCCUCACCGCGCGAUCCGCAUCGGGCGUCAUCAGCUCUAUAUCAGCAGCCUCGAAUUCCGUCGUGAUGCCGCGCCUCCACGUAUCAAUGGAGCUUAUGUCCACCUCGACCGUCUCCAGCACAAUGGCCUCGUCGACGCCGUUGUCAAUCUGCGGCAGCGGCGCCGGCGCAGCAGCGGCCUCGUACGCCAUGGACUUCUUGGCACCACCGCCUUGCGCAAUCCUCUGCACAAUCUUCCACCCGCCAAACAUGACGACCGUGACGCCCACGGCGAUGCCCGUGCCAAUGAGGAAUUGGGGCGACGCGAGCAGCGCGAAAAUCGCAGGCGAGCUUCCCUUGAGAAUCGCCGCAAAGCCCGGCGACAACUUCAUGAUGAUGCCCGACAGCUCCGCCAGCGUCAGCGCAACCGCCGCCGCCGCAUCAGGGCGCUCCUGGAGGUGCGUGAUGAUGGCCGUCGCCGAGUGCUGCGCGCACGACGCCUCGUCCAGCAGGUUCUCAAUCUUGUGGAUCAGCUGCUCG